AUGGCACAAAAGUUCUCAGCCAUACUCAACAAUUUUUUGUCAGCUACUUUUCUAAAUGUGUGGCUGAGCACUGUCAUGAUGAAAGACAACACCUCGAAGAAUGUACCCCCAAGAGAAGUUAUUAUCAUGGACGAGUAUGGGCAACGGCUAAUGGAAACUGUUGGACCAGUUGAUGAAGGCUCAAACAUAACGCUCAUUUGUGAAGCAGAAGGAGGUUCUCCUAUACCGUCAGUCACGUGGUGGAGGGAUUCUGUUCUGCUGGACGACACUUAUUACAUCACAACGCAAGGAGCUGUCCGAAACGAAAUUACAUUAACGAAACUGCGACGAAGCGACUUGAUGGCUGUCUUAUCCUGUCAAGCCAACAACAACAAUCUCACGUCACCCACCACAAACUCCGUUUCAUUGGACUUAAAUCUGAAACCCCUAGAUGUCCGACUUAUUAGUCCUCACCAUCACCUCUCUGCUGGGAAACGAGUGAUGCUGGAAUGUGAAUCUACCGGAUCCAGGCCAGGAGCUCUAAUUACAUGGUGGAAAGGCAAACAGAAGAUCCAGACCGGAAAUGAAGUAAUAUCCGACAACGGAAAUCUAACUCUCAGUACCUACUCCUUUGUCCCCACUGCAGAUGAUCACGGAAAGAAAUUCACGUGCACCGCCGAAAACCCAUCCUUGCAACAUAGCUUGAUUGAAGAUUCUAAAACUUUGACGGUUCAUUAUCUACCUGAGCUUCGUCUCGCUCUGGGAGCAAGCAUCCAAUAUACGGCUAUCAAAGAAGGUAGCGAUGUUUAUUUCGAUUGUAACAUAAGGGCUAAUCCAUGGGUACAUGACGUCAGCUGGAGAUUCCAAGACCGAUUAUUGUACAGCAACACUUCUGCCGGAAUCAUCGUCAGCAAUCAGUCUCUUGUAUUGCAAAGAGUUAAAAAAGAACAUCGGGGGAUGUACCAGUGUGUGGCUGUCAACUCAGAAGGAGAAGGGCGUAGUGAAGAAGUCCAACUAGAUGUCCAGUUUGCUCCAAUCUGCAAGACAAAACCAGGAAUUGUGCUAGGAGUUGCUCGACACGAGACUGUGAACAUUACAUGUGAAGUUGACGCAGAUCCUGCUGACAUCCGCUUUAGAUGGACACUCAACAAUACAUUAGAUAGCAUGGACUUGCACGACUUUACGGCAGAGGGACGCAUCAGCACUGUCCAAUACACGCCACGUGCCAUGCUUGGGUAUGGAGUGCUGCAGUGCUCGGGUACGAAUAGCAUAGGUAGACAGAAAGAACCAUGCGUAUAUCGCAUUGUUCCUGUAGGUCCCCCAGCAACAAUGAGAAACUGUCAGGUCACGAACCAGACAGUUGACUCUCUUCUAAUACAGUGCGAACAAGGAUAUGAUGGCGGCUUAGCCCAAACAUUUCAUUUGGAAGUGUACGCUUCAACUGACGAACACCUCACUGCCAAUAUAAGUACUGUAGAUAGCCCAGUUUUCUUGGUUACAGACUUGAAAAUGGCGACGUCUUACAUACUAGUUCUGUAUGCAGCCAAUGCCAAGGGAAAGAGUAAUUCUGUGGCUAUAAUGGCAACUACUUUGUUGCCCGCAGAAAGAAGAACAGGCAAGAAUUUCUGA